AUGGACACUGACCAGCUUGAUGGCCUAGCAGCCCUGCUUGCACAAGGAGAAGAAGCCCACCAGCUUGCGAGGCGCUUCGGAUCUGUGGCCAGCUCACCUCCGCAGCUGGGGCCCGAAACUUCGUGCAGCAGUUGCAUCGAGGACUUUGACGUAAGCACCCGAGACCGCUGGGAUGACGAUGCCGAGAAUUGUUCUAUUUGCAGUGCACCACUGGGCCGUCGCCGUCUGCGGCCGCGGCACCACUGUCGCAUCUGUGGCCGCUGUGUUUGCGCUUCCUGCUCUCCCAACCUUGUGCUGAUGCCUGGCUCCGGGAGGGAGCUACAACGCGCGUGUACGCCGUGCAUGGCCGUUGCCCCUCGGUUCUUUAGGCAUGUCAGGGUUUGCAGCCUUGCUUGCAGCGCUUUGAACAGGCGGGAUGGUUCCAGUUUCGUGCUGGCCCCUUGCUAG